AUGGACAGUGACGAAGAACAUGAUAAAAUUCUGGAUAUAUUUGCUGACAAUUUAUCAGACAUUCCAAGUGAAAGUGAUGAAAGCUUUGACAGGGGCAGUGAUAUAGUUAUUCCUUCAAAAAGGCGAAAAGUAGUAGUUUCAAGUGAUUCCGAACCUGAAAAUUUGAACAAUUCCACACAUGGUUUUGAGUGUAAUUUGCAUCUUGGUUGCCGAGAUAAUGAUUGGUCCAAAGAGGACUUUCAAACUAAUUUGGAAAAAUUGGAAGGAAAUUCUGGGGUUACAGUUCUAUCACCUUAUUGUAAAAACAUCACUGAAGUCACCAACUUGAUUUUUGAAGACGAUCUGUUAGAACUGUUACCCUCGCUCCUUGCUCCAGUGAUCACAGAGAACAACAAGCUCGUCUGA